CUGGGCGCAGCUGCGAGGAGACAUGUGGAAGGAGGCGGCGGCCCGGCUGCGAUAACCCGUCGGGCGGGGGCUCUGCCCCGCUUUGUGCAGGAACAUUUAUCAAGUAGAAAAAUGAUUGAUUCUGUCCAAGUAAGAAGACAAUGCAUGCUGGAUUUCUACUCACACUAUGAACAUCUUUGUGCAGUUCAAGGCUCUGUCCCACUGAAAGCUGUGAAAGUUAACCUGACUCAGGGUACCCUUGAUCUAACUGUAGAUAGCAUCAAAGCUGCUGACUGGACACCACUUUUAGAUGCUAUUAGGCAUGAUAAGAGUCUGACUUCUGUUGGAAUAAGAAGUUUUCAUCAACAAGGUCUUGGAGAAUCAGGUGUUGAAAGAUAUAAAACCUACUUUAGAAGGAGAAUUCCAGCAAUUAGAUCAAAAGAUUUGACUGGCCAACUAUGCAAAGCUGUCAAAGGCUGUCUCAGCAUCUCAGAUGUACUAAAAAAUUUGGAACUGCAAGGUUUGCUUCUGAGGGAGAGAGAUCUAAUACUUCUAACAAAGGGCUUGGCCACAACUUCAUCUCUAGAGAGCAUUUCUUUAGCCCACUGUCCAAUUGGAGAUGGAGGAUUAGAAACAGUCUGUCAGAGUGUGAAGAAUUCAGCUACUAUCAGAUAUGUUAACUUCACAGGAUGUAGCCUUACCUGGCGAGGAGCAGAACACAUGGGAAAUGUAUUAAAGCACCAGGCAAUGAAAAGACAUGGUGAAGCUUGGGCUGAAAGUUUACGUUACAGGAGACCAGACCUUGACUAUAUGACAGGCUUGAGGCGUGUUACUUUCAACUGCAACAUGCUUGUUGGAGAUCGAGGAGCAAGUGCCUUUGCAGAUUGUCUGGGAGAAGACCUGUGGCUUAAAGCACUUGAUUUACAGCAGUGUGGAAUAUCCAAUGAAGGAGCAAGGUCACUAUUAGAUGCUCUUCAAACUAAUACAACAUUAGUGAUUCUUGAUAUAAGAAAAAAUCCAUUGAUUGAUCACGUUUUGAUGAAAAACAUCAUUGAAAGAGUUCUCGUGAAUGGAAAUAGUGCUAAUUCAGAGUAUAAGUGGCUGUCUUCCCUGUCUUCCAAGGAUGCUUUGAAAGCUAGACCAAAGAAAAGAACUAUUGUUCUAGGAAGUGGUCGAAAAGGAAAAGCUACUAUUCGUAUUGGAUUAACCUCUAAAAAAUCUGUGAGUCCUGGGAAAAAGAAUAUAUCAUUGAAAGACAGUUAUUCACCAAAGCCACAACCACCAGGCACAAAAGGCUUCCUUCCCUGGCGCACUGCAGAACGUGCAAAGAGGUGCAGGGGAGAGCCAGUGGAUAAUUCUGAAGAGUUACCAGUGAAGAUUCAGAUGGGUAUUCCUGUGAAAGUGACUGUAGAAAGUGCUUCAACAUCUGAAACUGAAGAGACUGAAGAUUUAGAAGAUGUAAUCCAUCAUCCUGUUUUGACAAAAUCCCAAGAUAAGGUUAAUGUAACAGAGUAUCAACAAUUCCAGCUGGAGCUGGAAGAAUGCAUGGAAAAACUAAAGGAAGAACAAAGAGCAAGAGUCACUGCUGAGGAACGGAUAAUGGAGCUGGAAGUUGAAAAUGCAAGGCUGAGGAAUCUAAAUACUUCUCUAUCUGAAGCUCUUCAUGCGCAGUCGGUAACCAACAUGAUUUUGGAAGAUGAAGGUGUUCUAGGCAGCAUUGAGAACUCUUUCCAAAAGUUUCAUGCUUUUUUAGACCUCCUUAAAGAUGCUGGACUUGGACAACUUGCUGUAUUAGCUGGGAUAGACCAGUCAGAUUUUGGUCUUUUGGGACAUCCACAAAUGAAUUCUACUCUCAGUAAACCUGCUAAUAUGCUAAAGGAGAAGUCCUUUGAAGAAGGAAGACAAGAACAUGCUCAAAACAGCCAGAACAGAGAUGGGAACAUCCAUCUUUCUCCUGGCACAUCUGAAUCUCAGAUGAUUGUGAACUUCUCUGCUCUUAAAGAAAUGCAUGAAUAUCAGACUGCUGUGCAACAGCUGCAGCCAGCCUUAUGGAAAGAAAAGGAAGCUCAAGCAACUGAGCAAACUAAAGAGGAUAAAACUCGAAAUGGCACUCCAGCAUUAUCUGAGAGGAGAGUCAAACAGAAUGAACAAGCAAAAGGACAUCAUUCAACAAGGCAGGUGGUUACUAGUCUGAAUGCAUUUACUGAUUCGAGUGUAAAUAUUAAACAUAACGGUAGUGGCACAUCCAGUUCUUCUGGUGAAAAAAGCAAAAAUUGUUUCUCAAAGAAAUAUAUUCCUAAAGUGACUGAAACUGUAAUUGCUAAUGAUGAAGAAAGAGGAGAACAAAGUAGACUGCAAGUGGUAGACCAUUCUGGAACUGACAUUGUAGAAUCUGUGUCUGAAAUACAAGAAAGUAUACAAAGUAUUGCCAACACUUGAAAUGUUUGGACUGUUCAUUACAUAUGCAGGGUUAAAAAUAAGUUUUGAAGUUCUGUGCAAGUUGAGAAAUUUUCUGUAAAGCAAUGUAGACUUGAAGACUUAGCAUUCCAUAGUAGUAGUAGUAUAUAGUAAUAGUUUUGUUUCAUGUUUACAGCACUUUUCAACAGAUUUUUGUUUUUUUGAAAUGCAUUAUGUACUGGUACCCUUCACUUUUUACCACUUGAAAAGAAUUUCCUGGAGUAUGCUUUUGUUUGUCAUUGAUCUUUUUAUAGAGUGUAAAUGUUUUCUGCUAAUAAAACAGUUUAAAUUUAGUUUUUUUUUAAUUUACUUCUAGUCUGUUGCAGUGGGAGUGGACACAAUGGUUUUUGGGGGAAACACCAGUUCAUGCCUAACUAUGAGGGCAUGAUACUCACAAGCAUAAUGGAAGCAUAAUGGAUAUGAAAGUGAACACAAACAUCUCUAAAAUGUUUAAAUACUGUCAUUAUGGCUGUGAUUGCAAUUCAAAACAUAAUAUAUUGUGGAACGUACCUCAGAAGGGUGUGCAGUCCAACUCAGGUUGCUCUCAGAAGCUAGAGAAAUGUGAGAAGAUAGAAGAGUUGUCAUUGUUUUGAAACUCCUGGGAUUUUUCCUCCUGGUACUAUGUCCUGUCUCUUCACAGACAGCUGCCUUGCAACUUCCAACUACGGCAUGUAGUAACAGACUUUGACUUGCAUGCAGCAAUGCAGGAAGUAUCAUUUUGCACAGUAGAUGCACUUCAGUAUGGCACUGAAAAAUAGUGCAGUAUUUUUUUUUAUAUCUGUACGCUUGGAAAAGGCAAUCUAAGAGUCUAGUAUGAUUUGUACUGUAAUUGUAAUUUUCUUUGCUAAUUUUAACAAUGUUUUGGGUUUUUUGGGGGGAGAUAUAUUAUUGUUUUCUUCAUACAGAGUUCUGUAAAGUUAACUUCUUGGGACAGGUCAUAGAAAUGAAGUUGUUGAACAUUUAAACAAGGUCUCUGAACAAUUUUUAAGUUUGUCAGCAAGGCAAAAUUUGCACUUGGAAGAAUGGAAGAACCUACAUUUUUCUAGAUUAGACUACAGCCCAGGUCACUUGGUUGUUGAGCAAUAGGAAUUAGUUUUCACUUUGAAUAAGCCAGUCAAUUUUCUUUGCUUAAAAGAUUCAUGAUCCUUGAGGUCCCUUCCAGCUCUGGCCAUUCUGUGAUUCUGUGAAUUUUCCUGUGGCUUUUUCACAUGCAUGUGCUUGCAUUGGUCUUGAUUCUGAAAAACUGCCUCUUUUAAAAGUAGAUUAAAUGUUGAAGUUUUAUCUUAAUUUCAUAUCUUAUAGCUGAUGUUUUCUGUAAUCAAAAACUUUCACCAAUUAGUGAUGAAGAUUUUUAUUUUUUUCUUGACUUUGGGAUUUCUUCCAGAGAGCUAGGAGGAACAAGGAAGUAGAGCAGUGGAAGACUGAUUUUUACAUGUAUGAAUUAGGCAACAUAAUUUGGGCUGAUCUGAGGGGUGCAGAAAUUACCAUGUAAUCUUUUUUUCCUUUCUGUUAUGUGUUGUGAGAAUUCUGUAACACAAAAGAUCUGUAGAAAUUCCUGUCUCUGUUUCCGUGAGAAUUAUGAACAUACACAUGAAUCCUCAAAUUUUGUUCUGAGCAAAUAGCAGAUCACCUUGGCUGUUGCAACAGUGCACAAGUAAUUGCACAAUGAAAGUGCACUAUUUACACAGUCUUCAGAAUAGCAGAGUAAUAUAUUAAUCUAUGUGGUUUUAGAUAUUCUCUUAAACGUUUGAGAUCUGUGACUUCAGUCAUGAUUCACUGCUUGUGAUUUUGGAAUGACUGUCUCAUUUGUUGAUGAAAUCAGAUUCUUCAGCAGUAAAAUGCUAUGUGUGAUCAUUUUAAAACAAAAACGAUAAAGCUAAUCACUAUGAAAUAAUGUAUAACAAAAUUUCAGAAGUGUCCAUCUGUGUGAGAUUAGGAAUUGCUUGUUAUGUGCCUCUAAGAGUACUAUCAAAACCUUAAAACAGUUUAUGCAUUGUGUCUCUGUUAACAGGUGGCACAAGUGAUGACUGUUAAUACUUCAGAAGCAAAUACUAAUGGUGUCUAUUUAUGUCAAAAAUAAUCAUGUAAAGCAAAACUGAUCAGGUGGUACAUAAUUUAGAUGGUCUUUCUUGUCUUCAUCUUGUCGGAGGAACUGUUUUGUACCUGCCCUACUGUCAGAAUCUGGUGUGCAUACUUUUACAGUUGAAUGUUGCAUCUGAAAUCAGUAGAGAAAAUGGUUGCAAGGGGGAAAAGCAUUUUUUUUAAGG